GUAACAAAGUCGCUGAGUGUGUUGUUGUGUUGUAUAGUGUUGUGUUGUGACGGGCUAAGAACAAGCAAUAAAUUAGGGUACCGCUGCCAAAAUGUCGCGUCAAGCAAGAAUAUGUGGUGUCAACCUGGGUUCCGUAGGGGUUUUAGCCGUUCUACUCUACGUGAUUGACAGAACUAUAGCUCAGGCGUUAGACGCGUACGUGCCGGGAGAGGACUACCCAGUCUAUACGGAAGUGCCUGAGGGUUUGUCUUUCACGUGUGAUGACAAGAUUCCUGGAUAUUACGCUGACCCGGAGACUCAGUGCCAGGUAUGGCACUGGUGUGUACCCAGUAUUGGUGGUAACAUCAAGUAUUCCUUCCUGUGCGGUCCAGGGACUGUGUUCAACCAGAGGACGAGGGUAUGCGACUGGUUCUUUAAGACGGAUUGUCCCAACGCUGUGGCCUACUACGGAGUAAACGAGGACCUGUACAAAGAUGAAGCAGGCAAUUACAUCAAUGGGAAAAAGUAGAUCUUAACUUAUACUUAAUCCGUAGAAGUAGUCUGGCUUCCCACUUUGGAUGUACAAAGCCACUUUGGUCUUUGGGAAAUGACAAAAUACCAUAGUACCGAAACAUAUCGGCGUUUGAAAUGAGUGACACCCAAUUCAGGCCAGGAGCUGAUCCAGCUUUUAUUUCAGGAGGUGGGGGAGGAGGUUACCAGGUCGCACAGAAUUAGAUAAAAUUAACAGUGUCCCCGUGACCUCCAUUCUGGACCAAACAAUUACAUUACAAAAAUAGACUUAUCAAACAAAACAAAAAUUAAAUUAAAUUAAACUAAAAUAAACAAAACUUAAAAAAUAAUUAAUUAUUUAUUUUUUAUUUUCUUAGACUGGUUUCUAUUUCUGAAAAAAUAAAAACAAAAAAUAAAAUUAUAUACAAUUAACACUUAAACUAAACCUUACUAAAUAGCCAGGGUCCAAUCGUAAAAUAAUUCUUUUUUUCCAAAAUUUCCUGAAUAGAAUCGUGUAUUAGGUUCAAAAUAAAUUAUAAAAUUCUGAAUAAUACUAAAUUAAGACAGAUCUAACAGCUACGAAAAACCUUUUCUUUUUUUCAAUUUAGUUUUAAACAUGAAAAACGUAAUAAUACGUCCGACAUUUUAUCACUUCUUAUAUGAUGUGCUUUUUCAUACAAAUUCCAUAGUAAUUUCGUGUUUUGACGUUUAGUAAAAAGUGACUGAUUUAUUUUUUUCUUCUGGCUUCCGCGGCUAGCGAUUUUGACUGAUUUGACUAGUUGGAAACUGGCCUAUUAUUAUGAUAUGUGGUUCUGUCAUUUCCCAAUUCACAAAGUACCUAGUUACCAACACCUUAUAGUGAAAAUAAAUUAAAAGCGCCAUUUCUAAAAAUGACAUUAGGAUGUGAUUUUUGUUAACAGUUUUGUCGCAUUAGACUUAAAGAAUUUCAGUACGGAUAAAAAUUUCUGGUUUGAAUAUAAAAUAUGGCUUCCAAUUUCAUGACUGUAGAAGAAAGGCAAAUCAAAAUGUGACUUUUCAAAAGGCGCUCAAUUUUCACUAUAAAGUGUGAAGAUAUAGUAUCUAUUCAAAAUAAUAGUAGUAUAGACAAUUCUGUAAAUUAUGAUUCACUAUUGCAUGCUAAUAUGCCAUAUUUUUGUAUUAUAUUAUAAUGGUGCUGAUUUCAGUACACACCACCUAAUUUUAUUUCAAGUUAUACCUAUCAUUUUCUUAUCCACCGAAAAGGAAAAGGAUAGGAAAAUGACAGACGUAAAAUUUAAUUGACAGCACAUGUCAAACGGUUUGCAUAUCAGCGAGAUGCCUAUUUUAUUCGCCCGGGUUAUUCAUUCAUUCGCUUAUUCAUUUUAAAAUGAACAGUUGUCAAUCAUCCGUCCCUUUCCUUUUCGGUGGAUUAGAAAAUGACGGGUAUAACUUUAAGUAAAAUUAUGAGGUGUCUGCAGGAAUCGGGGCCAAUGUAGUUAUAUGUAGUUGAAGUGCAAAAUAUUAUCUAAAGUAGAUAUACCUAUUUACAGUGUUAUUACAAAACGAAGACGAAAAAAGAAAUUAAGUUUAAAAUGCAGUCCCGCGGUCGCGGCGCUAUCGGAUGUUCAUUCAUUCACUAUAAAAAUUAACAUCUGUCCGUCCCUUUCCUUUUCGGCGGAUAAGAAAAUGACAGGUACUCGUAUAACUUAAAAUAAAAUUAGAUGGUGUGUACAGGAAUCAACACCAAUAUUCGUCCUAAAGAGAAGUAUUAAUUGUAAUAUGAAAAUUAUUUAAAAAAAUAAUCAUUUAUUUCAGACAUGAUAGUCUAUAAUGCAUAACAUAAACAGCCUAUAUACGUCCUAUAGCUGGGCAUAGACUUCCCCUUAAUCAGUCGGAGGGUAUAGAGCAUACUCCACCACGCUGCUCCACUGCGGGUUAGUGGAGAAACACCCAGACCAAGUCAGUUUAGAAAAGUACCACUUGAAAGUUAUUUUUUUUAUUAUUUUAUUUGGCCAUUUUACCACAAAGAUUUUCAGAAAAUUUUGAAAAGUAGCAUCGAAUAGAUCACUUUGAAUAACUUACCAGAUAUUUCAACUACUACUCUAUAGAGUACUCAUAAGGUAGGUAUAUAAAAAAAAU